AUGACGGCCGGCACCCAGCAGGUCGACGAAGCACGGAACGUGCGGCGCAAGACAGAAGCUUUGUCCGACAGCGAGCCUGACGACGAGGAAGCCGACAAGGAUGACGAGGAAGAGGCUGAUGUGCAGAAAAAAGAACAAGCGCGGCGUCCUGCGCCAGCCUUCACUCAUACGUCGUUCCUUCGGUCCACGUCAUCGGACGCAUGGUUUCUUUCGAAUUCGCACCGCCGCAAUUUUGCCAGUCUCAAGUUAGGUCGGGAUAUUCUGCGCGGCACGUCCACGAAACGGAUAUCCCAGGUCCUCGGCACGCUGGACGUGUCAACUGUGCCUCAUUUGGCACACCUGGCGGCCCAUCAGACACGUACGCGUGCUGCCCUGCCGGUCUGCACGGCUCACUCACAACGUGCCCAUUCCCUGCAUCUUCAGCCUGAACGCAUUCACAUGCUAGUAACUCAGCUCCUUAAUGGAUGCCAACUCAUGCUCUAUGGUGUAGGCGAUCGCACAUCCAUCGUACGAGCCGUGCUGGAACAUACGGCCCAGCGGCACGCCAGUGCGGGUGUGUUAAUCCAGGGCGCCGCAGGUCGCGCGCUUACGAGUGACCGCAUCAUGGAUGCCAUUGACCGUGCCUUACGAAUCUCGACUAGCGCGCAUACCUUACGCGAAGAUCGCAUCGUGCAGCGUGUCCAGCACUUGUGUCAUACGCUUGAAACGCGCACGCAGGGGCCACGCCGACUCGUGCUAGGUUUACUGGCGUUUGACCAUGCGCACUUCCACUCUACUACUCGCAUGCACACACUCAUUCAUGCACUCGCACAAUGUGAGCGAGUGCAUAUGGUGGCCAGUGUCUCGCAUGUCAACGCAGGCCUUGUGCUGGAUUCGAAUGCAGGGGCCUUUAGCUUAGGCAUCUCUGGCCAUGCCGAAUAUACCCUUCCACGUGUACCGGGCGUCCGGACGCUUCGUGCGCCGUGGCUGUGGCACCAUGUCACGACCUAUAUUCCGCCUAUCGCCGAGCUCGUCCAAGCACGCGGUACGUCAGCGACCGCCUCAUCUAGUGCAGGCCUUGCCGCCCUCAAGCUGCCCUCAGCUGUCGAUCUCGCUGGCGGACGUGCGCGAGCGGCGCCUGGAGCCAGCGCCGCCGUGGCUGUAGCCCAACCCAUUUCGGAAUCGGCCGCGAUCCAGGUGCUGCAAACCAUUACGUCGCGCGCACGCAGUCUCUUUUCGCACCUGGCCUCCAUCCAGCUGGUCGCCCAGGCUGACACCACGAGUGGUGACGACGAUGCCAUGCCGCCUCGCACGCCCUAUGUUGCGCUUAUGCGUGAAGCGUUGCGUGAGUUUAUUGCGUCCUCUGAUGAAGGUGUGCGGCAGUUGCUGGGUGAAAUGGUCGAUCAUGGCUUGGUCAUUGUGGUGCGAGGAUCGACCACGGUCACGAACAGUCAUGCCAUUGCUGUGGGUGAUGAGCUGUGCAUUCCCCUCCCUGUUCCAGCCCUGGAGCAAGUGCUCGCUCACAUUGCCUAG